AUGGACAGCUUAAAGGGCAAGCUUCAUGAUUCCAAGCUAAAAGACGCCAAAGUAGCCGUAUCAAACAAGAAACAUCAGAUUGGAAAGUUUGGCAACCUGUUUAACAGGGACCACCGCCACGACGAGGCGCACGAGAUUCGCUGCGAUAACAAGAGGACCAAGAUCUGUGCCUCUCACCGUUUCCAGUCAUACUUUCCCGAGCGCGAAGGAAACCUUGUCAAGUGGUAUGUGGACGGACGGGAUUAUUUCUGGGCGGUAUCCGUCGCUUUGGAACAGGCCAAAGAAACCAUCUACAUUGAAGACUGGUGGCUCUCGCCAGAGCUCUUCCUGAGGCGGCCUCCACAUCAGAAACAGGAAUACAGGCUCGACCAGAUUCUGAAACGAAAAGCGGAACAGGGAGUCAAGAUCUAUGUCAUUGUUUACAAAGAGGUCGAGGCGGCGCUUACAUGCAAUUCCGAACACACCAAACAUGCCCUGCAAGCUCUCUGCCCAGAAGGCACUCCAGGAUACAACAACAUCAAUAUUAUGAGGCAUCCAGAUCACAAUGUGCUCGAAAACGCAGCAGAUAUGACAAUGUACUGGGCUCACCACGAAAAAUUCAUCGUCAUCGACUAUGCGAUUGCUUUCAUCGGCGGUCUCGAUCUCUGCUUUGGGCGAUGGGAUGCUCACCAUCACCCUCUGUCAGAUAUCCACCCAGAUGAGGUGAAAUCAGAGGUUUGGCCCGGUCAGGACUUCAACAACAAUCGAGUCAUGGACUUCAAAAAGGUCCAGGAUUGGCAAGACAACGAACUCAGCAAGGCAGAUUACGGCCGAAUGCCUUGGCACGACGUCUCCAUGGCUGUCAUCGGCCCUUGCGUGUAUGAUAUUGCCGAGCAUUUCGUUUUGAGGUGGAACUUUGUCAAACGUGACAAGUACAAACGCGACGAGAGAUUCGACUGGAUUAUACUAGAGGGCCGUGAAGGCGAGGAUGAGGAUUUGAUCGGAGUACAACGGCCAAAGUAUCCAAAGGGCGACUAUCUCAGACACCCCCUGAAUCCUCUGAGCACCAAGAAUCUGCUCGGUCGAGGCACUGUUAAUGCCCAGGUUGUCAGAUCCAGCGCCGACUGGUCCAGCGGGAUCCUGACAGAUCGAUCCAUUCAAAACGCAUAUGCAGAGGUCAUUGCUACCGCGGAACACUACGUCUAUAUUGAGAAUCAAUUCUUCAUCACUGCUACCGGCGAGCACCAAUCCCCAAUCUGCAAUACCAUUGGCGCGGCCAUUGUUGAGGCUGUGGUUCGAGCAGGAAAAGAAGGCCGGAAGUUCAGGGUCAUUAUUAUCAUCCCUGCCGUUCCAGGGUUUGCAGGCGAUCUUCGAGACGAUGCAGCCUCUGGCACAAGAGCCAUCAUGGAUUACCAGUACAAAUCAAUAUGUCGAGGAGAGCACUCCAUCUUUGAGCAGGUUAAAGCUCAGGGGGUAGACCCAACCAAACACAUCUUCUUCUUCAACUUGAGAUCCUACGACCGCCUGAAUAAGACUCCGGCCAUUCAUGAAGCGGAGCAGAAGACGGGUAUCAAAUACCAGAAAGUCCAGCGAGCUCUGGCUGAAGAGAUCAUGGGCGAGGGAAUCCACGGGACGUCUGAUCCGAUAGAGAACGAAAGAGACAACCACAUGGGUCAGGAAAACGAAAAAGAAAAAGGCCGCAACGAGGCACUGCAGGCAAAGGAGAUCUUCGAAAAGGCCAAGCCCAAGGAAGAGGUCCAGACAUCGAUCUCUGUGGCGCACCACGCCAUGGCCGACCAAGAACCUCUAGAAGACGAGCCGUGGGCAGACCCAGAGUCUGAAAUCAAGAACUGGAUCCAGGAGGAGCUCUAUGUGCAUGCCAAGCUGCUCAUUGCCGACGACCGAAUCGUGAUUUGCGGCUCAAGCAACCUCAACGAUCGCAGCCAGAUGGGAAAUCACGACAGCGAGCUGAGUAUUGUCAUGGAGGACACCAAUAUUGUCAGAACGACGAUGGACGGAAGGCCGUUUGAAGCAGGAUACCAUGCGACGACCCUGCGACGAUUCCUUUGGCGAGAGCAUCUCGGUCUUCUCCCCCCACAGGACUUUGAUGCCAAGGAUGAUAUCAAUGCACAACCCCCUAGUGUCGAGCCCGAGAAUAACGUCUACGAUAAUGAUGAGAGUUGGAAGUUUGUAGAGGAUCCGCUGGGUGACGAGUUGUGGGAUCUGUGGACAAGUCGAGCAGACAAGAACACGGAGCUCUUCCGCCACCUCUUUCACGCUGAUCCAGACGACCACAUCAAAACAUUCGACGAUUACGAUCGAUAUUUGCCGCCUAGGGGCGUCAAGUCGGGGCACAUUUUCGACCAGUUCAUGCCGCCCGAGGAGGCGAAGAAGAAGCUGGCGCAGAUCAAGGGGCAUCUGGUGUGGAUGCCGAUGGACUUUUUGAAGGAUGCAGAGAUGGCGGAGUGGGGGCUUCAGGUGAAUUCGUGGACGGAGAGUGUGUAUACUUGA